AUGUCGUACGCGUACCUCUUCAAGUACAUCAUCAUUGGUGACACGGGCGUUGGGAAAUCCUGCCUCUUGCUUCAGUUCACGGACAAGCGUUUCCGAACGGACCACGACCUGACAAUUGGAGUGGAGUUUGGUGCCCGUCUGAUCAACAUCGACAACAAGCAGAUCAAGCUGCAGAUCUGGGACACUGCGGGCCAGGAGUCUUUUCGCUCCAUCACCAGGUCUUAUUAUAGAGGAGCCAGCGGCGCCCUCUUGGUCUACGACAUUUCUCGGCGUGACACCUUCAAUCACCUGACUCGCUGGUUGGAAGAGGCACGGCAGAAUGCGAAUGCAAACAUGGUUAUCAUGCUCAUUGGCAACAAGUGCGACCUGGACCGACGUGAGGUCACCUACGAGGAGGGUGCGCAGUUUGCCCGAGACCAUGGCUUGAUUUUCAGAGAGACGUCAGCAAAAACGGCGCAGAACGUGGAGGAGGCCUUCAUACAGACGGCCCGAAAGAUCUACGAGAACAUCCAGAACAACGUCUAUGACUUGAGUUCGGAGAGCAGCGGAAUCAAAGUCGGCAUGCCGCCAACAGGCGCUGGUUACCAGCACGGGCCUCCACGGCUCGAUGGUCGUCAGACCGGUGGCUGCUGCAACUGA